CCUAAAGAAAACAUCUAGGGAAAACCCGUGAAAUGUGGGGCCGCUGGGUUCGGCCGCUCUUGCGUUGUGAAGGUGGCGGAGGCCGCCGGGUUCCGAGCCCCUGUGGGCGUUUUUCGCCGGCCCUGCGGAGAGAUUUCUUCACCACCACAACCAAGGAAGGAUAUGAUAUGAGGCGAGUGGACAUAACUCCGUUAGAACAAAGGAAAUUAACUUUUGAUACACAUGCAUUGGUUCUGGACUUGGAAGCUCAUGGAUUUGACAAAGCACAAGCAGAAACAAUUGUAUCAGCAUUAACCACUUUAUCAAAUGUCAGCCUUGAUACUAUCUAUAAGGAGAUGGUCACUCAAGCUCAGCAGGAAAAAACAGUACAACAGCUAAUGGCUCAUUUGGACUCCAUCAGAAAAGACAUGGUCAUCCUAGAGAAAAGUGAAUUUGCAAAUCUGCGAGCAGAGAACCAGAAAAUGAAAAUUGAAUUAGAACAAGUUAAACAACAACUGAUAAAUGAAACUAGUCGAAUCAGAGCAGAUAACAAAUUGGAUAUCAACCUAGAAAGGAGUAGAGUAACAGAUAUGUUUACAGAUCAAGAAAAGAAACUUAUGGAAGCAACCACAGAAUUUACCAGAAAUGAUACCAAAACCAGAGGUAUUAUUUCAGAGACUGGUAACAAAAUUGACACUGAAAUUGCUUCUUUAAAAACUCUGAUGGAAUCCAAUAAGCUUGAGACAAUUCGUUAUCUUGCAGCCUCAGUGUUUACUUGCCUGGCAAUAGUAUUGGGAUUUUAUCGACUCUGGAAAUAACAGUGAAACUGCUGUAGUUAUGCAUGCUCCUACUCCUGCUGCUUUGACUGUUGGAACACUGCCUGGAUGGAUUUACUCUGAACAUUGAAAGUUAUAGUAGGAACUGAAUACACGAUUAUUUAAAGUACAUAUGGACUAAAAGGAAAUAUUUUAGAAUGGAAGGUAUAUUUUGUCUUUUUCAUGUAUGUCUUUAUUAUGUUGAAAGAGGCCAUUCAAAACUUGAUAGAUUUGAGAUAGGGCUUUUGUCUUUAUGCUUUUGAUAGCUCAUAGAAACUGAACUAGACUUUUCUUAUGUUUACUUGAAGGACUGUAAAUCAUAGGAUUUCUUUCAUAUCUGUUGCAAAUCUGAAAGCUAUUCCCAAGCCCACAUGCUUGUUAACUGUAUUCAACUCUGUGAUAGCUACUGCA